AUGUCAGAACCAAAACCCAUACGCCGCCUUGACGAGAAUCUUAUCAACAAAAUUGCAGCAGGAGAGAUCAUUCACAGACCGGCUUCUGCGUUGAAAGAACUCGUCGAGAACAGUCUUGACGCUGGUGCGACCUCCAUCAAAGUCACAGUUAAAGAUGGUGGUAUGAAGCUGUUGCAGAUACAGGAUAAUGGAUGUGGAAUACGCAAAUCAGAUCUCCCUAUUCUCGCUGAACGUUUUACAACAUCUAAACUAUCCACUUUCUCCGACCUCUCUCGGAUUGCAACCUAUGGUUUUCGUGGAGAAGCCCUCGCGUCUAUAUCACAUGUUGCACGCCUUUCUGUCGUCACAAAGACCAAACCUGACUCUUGUGCGUGGAAAGCUACAUAUGUCGAUGGAUCUUUGGUAGAUGCUAAAACAGGGGAAAAGGCAGACCCACGUCCAUGUGCCGGGAACGACGGGACGACCAUCACGAUAGAAGACCUAUUCUACAACACUCCGACGCGCCUUUCUGCACUACGAAGCUCUUCUGAAGAAUAUGCACGGAUUCUUGACGUCCUCACCAAAUACGCGAUCCAUAAUCCCACCGUGUCAUUCCUCUGUAAAAAGGCAGGGUCACCUUCUCCAGAUCUCUCGACUCCCUCUAGGUCAGAUACACCUACGGCCAUUCGACUAUUAUAUGGACACUCUAUUGCGAAAGAGUUGGUCCACCAUACGGUUUCCUCGUCAAUCAAGAAGAAACGGAAAGGUAGGCAGACAGAGGAAGACAUGGACGUAGAUGGCGAAGAUGAAGAGGAAGACCAAAUGCAGGCAGAAGAUACCGAUUUACAAUCAGAGUCAGAGUCAUGGUCUGCCGAGGCAUACUUCAGCAAUGCGAACUACCAAGCAAAAAAGAUGGUCUUUCUCCUUUUUAUCAAUCACAGGCUCGUUGAAUCGCCACGGAUGAAGAGGGCACUUGAAGCGUGUUAUGUGAGUGUGCUUCCCAAAGGGACAGCGCCGUUUGUGUACCUCAGUCUCCAGAUCGAUCCGCGCGCCGUUGACGUCAACGUCCACCCGACCAAGCGGGAAGUGCAUUUUCUGAACGAGGAGCAGAUCACCGAGCGCAUUGCGGAUGCGGUGCAGAUGUGUUUGGCCAAGGGGAAUGCUAGUAGGCGAUUUGAAUAUCAGACAACCUUGAUGGGUGGUAUUCUUGGUGAUGAAGAUGCAAGGGCACCUCCUGCGUCUGUGACAAGUUCGAGGAAGAGAUCGAGGAAGGAGAGGGACCAGAAUUCAUCUGGAGAUGAAUACGGAGAAGAAGAGGUAGAAGGGAACAUAGAAACUUCUGGUGUUUCAGUUUCCACAUCCACCGAGACGCAAAGGAAGGUAUACUCACAUCAUAAAGUACGCACAUCCGUGCGGGACCGGACAUUGGAUUCUAUGUUUCCUAUCGCUCACUCACAAACGAGCCAAGCGCCUCCUGGAGCAGUCGAAUCGCCUUUGUCUCCCGGUGUUUCAAAUACUACCAUGGCAGCUGAGGGAGUAACAGCAGCAGCGAGUCCAAAUACACAGACAAAUCUUAAAUCAAGAGAAGUGAAGGAGUCACAAUGCUUUCUGACGAGCGUAAAAACUUUGAGGCAGAAGCUUGUAAAAGGCAAACACCCACAAUUGACAGAGAUUCUGGAGAAACAUAUCUUCAUCGGCAUUGUGGAUCUGAAGCGUUGUCUCUCACUCAUACAGUGUUCGACCAAACUGUAUUUAGUCAACCACGAUGCACUUGCCGAGGAGCUAUUUUACCAGCUUGGUCUGAGGCAGUUCGGGGACAUGAGUAGGAUCAAGCUAGACCCAGCACCAUCGUUGCAUGAGCUCGUUCAAAUUGCAGUUGACGCGGAGGACACCAUUGAAGGGACAAAGCUCACCAAGGCCGAAAUUGUUCAGCGUAUCGUCAAGGUUCUUGUGGACAGACGCGAGAUGCUCGCGGAGUACUUUUCCCUUACGAUUACCGAAGACGCACGCGUAGAGAGUAUCCCGCUACUGUUGAGGGAUUACAUCCCGAAUUUGGAUAAUUUACCGAGCUUUCUCAUGAGACUUGGCCCACAGGUCGAUUGGUCUUCUGAGAUGGAAUGUUUCGAAACCUUUCUCCGCGAGCUCGCGUACUUUUAUGUCCCGACUCCUCCGACUCCUGAUCCUGACGAACAAGAAUCAGGUAUAGUUCAUGAUGCCUCGAGUAAAGAUCUAAUGAACGGAAAAAAUCCUGAAGCAGAGACCGCAGGGGACGAGCGCGACGGCAAAGACAAUGCGAAACCAAAUGAAAAGGACCUGUACAAAUCUGAGCGAUGGCAAAUCCAGCAUAUUCUGUUCCCAGCUAUGCGUCGGUAUUUGAUCGCGCCCAAAUCACUACUCGACCGCGAUGUCGUGCAGAUCGCGAACUUGCCUGAUUUGUAUAAGGGCUUCGACACUUAUAUUAGGGAGCUUUCUACCAAUGUUUCGAUCGUGUGA